UAUUGCAUUGCAUAUCGAUGUCAUGUACAAUUUGUAUUGUUUUGUAAAGAAACAGCUGGGGCGGAAUCAAUGAAUGGGGCUAGCUGUAAAGACAAGUGAAUUGAUAGACUUCUAAAUUCUACUUCACUACUUUUUUGUCAAAUGAUGUGGAACUUUCAUUGAGGCAGAAAUGGGGAAUGUUCAGCUACAAGUGAAUGACUUUACACCGGUGCGACCUGAUGAGAGGAGAGAAUUGAAGCUCACCAGGAAGAUAACUAGUGCUGAUUAUCAGAAGCAUGUAGCUGGUGAGGAUUUAGAAGGAGCCUUGAGUGAAUUACCAUGGGCUCUGGUAGACUCCAUCUCACUCUUUGAACACAUGGAUGCCAGCUUCAACCACAUAUCGGUCAUUCCACCGGAGAUACCCCUCCGCCUCCCGCAUCUCUCCUACCUCAACAUGGCUCACAACCGCAUCCCUGCUCUACCAGACAGCUUCUCUCUUCUUUUCCAUCUCAAGACGCUGCUCAUUCAUCACAAUGAACUUGAACAUCUCCCAGAUUCCUUCAUCCACCUUGUGAAGCUUGAAAAGCUGGACGUAUCUAGCAACAAACUGAAGUCUUUACCGGAGAAUAUAGGGGUGAUGGAGUCGCUGCAUAAGUUGAACGUCAUGGAUAAUUCAUUAACACUGUUGCCUUUGUCUCUCGGGAAGUCUGGCACGAUAGAAGUGCUACUGGCGUCCAAUAACAAAUGUGCAUCUCCUCCACAGAGCGUGUGCGAUGAAGGAUCAGAAAAGACAUUGCAGUUUCUUAGGAAGCAGUCUGAAAAUGGGUACAUUCUCAAGAAAAGCAAUUCUGGAAACGUCUUUAAAAGAUGUAGAGGUGAUGUAUUGCAGUCACGUGUUGCCAAUCCACAGUGUGCACAGGCACAGUAUGCCCAAGAGCUGACGGAGACGACCAAUACCAAAAGCCGAAUCCGCACCCCUCUUCGGCCCCCUCCAGGGGCUACUACUCUGGAAGCAGAUGAGCUUAUGGAUAAAGUUGUUGGUCUGCUGUAUGGUGCUGCUAUUGGUGAUGCAGUGGGUCUGUGUACUGCUUGGAUGACACAGGAUGAAUGCAGGUUUCAUUAUGAAGAAGAAACUCUUCAUCCUGGUCAGAGGAUAAGUGAUAAACAUAGACUUCAGUGGGCCAAGGGAGACUGGACUACUGCCUUUGAUCAAUUGGUUCUGACCUUGGACUCCAUCCUCCAAUGGGCUGGUGUGGUGGAUGAAUUAGACUUUGCCAAACGACUUGCUCAUUGGUACAACCAUGGCUUUCCAGAGCUUGGUGAUACCAAGGGAUUCGAGGGGUUCAGUAAUACUGUGGCUAAGGUGAUAGCCAACCCCUUGUUCUGUCAAGAACCCAGUGCCAUAGCAAGAGGUUUGUGGAACAGGAACUACGAUUGUCAUGACUCUGAUUCAUGUGAACAUCUAGCUGAUAACUGUGCCGUAGUGAGAACAGCUAUCCUUGGAGUGCCUCAUUUCUACAGACUAGAAGAGGUGGAGGAGAAUGCUUUAAGGAUAUGUACAUCAACACACCAGGAUCCAAGGUGUCAGGCCAGCUGUGCUUUCUUAUCAUCACUAGUAGCAUUAAUUCUUCAGAAGGACUGCAACUCGUCAUCGUCCGAGGAUCUUUCCCUGGAGAAGAUCAUCACCGUGGCAACAGAGAUUGGAAGAAAACAUCUAAUCCAUGAUGAACACCAACAGAUGUUCAAGAAGUAUUGCUCUGUAUCAAGUAUUGACAGUUUGACGUCACUUGAUGUCAACAAACCGAGUCAUACAUUCAGACCAGUGGCCACUUGUUUAGCAGCUCUCAGGAUGUCUAGCACUUCAAACUUCAGGUCAUUAAUAACACAGAUUGCGAUGCAAGGAGGUGAUAGCACCCAUAAUGCAUCGGUGGCUGGCGCUGUUUUAGGCUGUUGGUUCGGCUUCAAGAAUCUACCGCCCUCUUGGGUCCGUUGCUUCAAGAAGAGUCACACAGCGUGGCUAGACGUGAAGAUCAACGCUCUUCUAGACAUGAUGGGGCUUCCUUGAAUUGGUCUGAUGUUGCCAGGAUACAGGUUAGGUCAUCGUACAGGUCAAAGGUGGUUGCAAGGGUUCACAGGGGUCAUAUAAAUAAAUGUAGA